UUAAUAUUAAUGGGCAAAGAGAUUUUUCAGAUGGCUCACGGCUUACAAGGUUAUGCGAAAUAUUGGGAAAAUUGGUUGCAAUGGGCUAUUGUCUUCGGUGUCUUGCUUUGUGUGACGCCUGAAAUUUUAGUGCCCAGUAAUUUGUUGGCGGUGCCUAUGUGGCAGCAUCAUGUCGCUGCCAUUGUUGUGCUUUUGGUUUGGUUGGAGUUAAUGAUGUUGGUGGGACGUUUUCCGAUAUUCGGCGUUUACGUGCAGAUGUUUACGAAAGUUGCUGGCAAUUUUUGUAAAUUUUUAUUGGCCUACAUCUGCUUGUUAAUCGCCUUUUGCCUCAGCUUCUCAGUGCUGUUCAACGACUAUCCACCAUUCGAAAAUAUAACUUGGUCACUACUCAAAGCCAUCACUAUGAUGUCCGGUGAAUUAUUUCUCUGCUUCGUACUACUCGUCACCGUUAUACUCACCAAUCUGAUGGUAGGUUUGGCUGUCAGCGAUAUUCAGGGUCUACAAGUAUCGGCCACCUUGGAUCGAUUAGUGCGUCAAGCUGAAUUAAUUUCACGACUAGAAAGUUUAUUCUUUUCUCGCCUACUACGACGUGCAC